ACCGCCCGCCCGCCCGCCCGCGCCAGCCCAGCUGCCAGAAUGCCGAACUGGGGAGGAGGCAAGAAAUGUGGGGUGUGCCAGAAGACAGUCUACUUUGCUGAGGAAGUCCAGUGCGAGGGCAACAGCUUCCAUAAAUCCUGCUUCCUGUGCAUGGUGUGCAAGAAGAAUCUGGACAGUACCACUGUGGCUGUGCAUGGGGAGGAGAUCUACUGCAAGUCCUGCUAUGGCAAGAAGUAUGGGCCAAAAGGCUACGGCUAUGGACAGGGCGCAGGCACGCUGAGCACGGACAAGGGGGAGUCGCUGGGCAUCAAACAUGAGGAAGCCCCUGGCCACAGGCCUACCACCAACCCCAAUGCGUCUAAGUUUGCUCAGAAGAUUGGUGGUUCUGAGCGCUGCCCCCGCUGCAGCCAGGCCGUCUAUGCUGCAGAGAAGGUGAUCGGUGCUGGGAAGUCCUGGCACAAGUCCUGCUUCCGGUGCGCCAAGUGUGGCAAAGGCCUUGAGUCAACCACCCUUGCGGACAAGGAUGGUGAGAUCUACUGCAAAGGAUGCUAUGCUAAAAACUUUGGGCCCAAGGGUUUUGGCUUCGGACAAGGAGCAGGGGCCUUGGUCCACUCAGAGUGAGGUGGCCACCGCCCACCGUACCCUGUCACUCCUUCGCUUUCCGUUGCCAUUCCCUUCUCAGCAGCCUUGGACACCUCCAGGAAUCUCUGUCUCACUCCACUCUGCUGCAUGUCACUAAUGACUUGGGCUUGGGUGCCUGGCUUCCUUUGGUUUGGGGGCCUGCCUGAGAACCUCCACCCCCCAAGGAUCUCCUCCUGCCUGGCAUCUUACACCACCACUAGUUGGACCAAGCCCUUCUCCCCAUACUUCACCCUACAGACCUCUGUUCUUAGGUUGAGUGCGUGUCAUCAUCCAGCCAAGACACCUGAGUCCCCAUCUUGGAAUCCAGAGGAGCCCAGCCGCAGGCCAGGGGAGGGAGGGAAGCAAGACCAAGACAGGGUGGGGAAGGCUAUUUUUUUUUUUUCUGGAUCCCAGAGGGGCUCCUCUGGGAAAGAGGUGGGCUUUUUGGUAUCCUUCCCUUUUAUGGGAGUUACCAUGGAAGACAGUGAGGUGUGAAGACAGGAUCGUGGGCCAUGGGAAUUAGUUUCUGUGGCAUCUUGCCUUUGAAGGGGGAACUGGUAUUACCCCACUUAGGAUUGGAGAGCAGCCGCAGUCUGAGGACUGCAAUGUCUAGAGGUUAUGCGACUCCCUUAAACAUCAAGGUUCCUGUUUGACGGGGGAACCCUAAUGAAACACUUACUAUAUAUUCAGGUUUAUCAGUGGUCCAGAUCUUAGGUAGUCAGUGCUAGGCCCUAACCUUGGAUCCUGCAACUGCUAUGAGCAGGCUCCUUACAUGUCUCAACGUAGCCCGGGCCACUCCUAAUUGUUCCUCCCAAUGCGGAAGGAGGCAGACAUGGUCUGUGUGUAUCCAACCUCCUUUCCUUCUGCCCGCCCCCCUGCCCCCCGGUCCUCACUUUCCUUCAAUCAAGACACUGUCUCUCACCCCACCCUUGUCUAGGGACCUUCCUUGUCUAUUCUUUCCAGGCUGCCAGGUCAGGAUCAGCAGGAGAGAGGCUGGGGCCUGAUGCUCCCAGGACCGAGAGGACAACACUCUUCGCAGCGAGGGCUGCAGGGUGCGGGCUGGGUUCAAGCUGAUUUCUCAUCUGGUCGGUCAAUAAAGCAGUUCAGAAGAGAA